CAUAUCAUCUGCGUUGACUGUGGCAACAGUGCUGGACUCAAUGGUCCCUCUCCUGACCACCGCAACUGCCCACUCUGUGGAACACACCUCCCUAGACCAGACGAUGUCUAUGUUACCAUGCUGAAUCCCACAGAGGAAUUCAAGACAAGAGCCCUGACUGGACUCGACCCAGAUUCCAUCAUGGAGUGUGCAGGGCGUGCUCUGAAGUUCUGGUCAUUGCAAAUGACGCAUGAUCUGUUUGUGACUCUACUGGCAGCCAGGCUAUUACCUACCUUGAGAGAUCGUUACGCUUUUCUGCAAGAUUCAGUUGACGCAGAAAUAAAAGAUGCUAAUUCUAAAAUGACAAGCCUGCACAGCACGAUUGCCAGUGAGCCUUGGCCCACUCAUGGCAUGUCUCUAGACCAAGAGUCACUCCAAAAGAAGUACAAUGAUCUCUGUCGGGCAUACAGAGAAAAAAACCAUAAAUUAUCGCAGACGCAGGAGCUGUACGACAAGCUCAAGCGUAAGGCAAUGCUUGGCCACAUACAGGAUGCUGCAUCUGAUGCUGUUGACACGUCUCUG